GUCCUCUCAGUUGCGUCAGUUUUUGUUUGCCUCAGCCUCAGUUUCGUCAGAGCCGUCCAUUCUCUGAUUCCGAGUCUUUGAGCAGCUCAACGCAGCCCACCGCGGAUUGACGAAGAGUGGGUUGUGCGCAUCUGAUUUUGCUGCUUCUUAUCAAUUCACUGGUUCCUUCUUCUUCUGUUUGUAGCUUUAGAUAUGGAUGACAUUGAUCAUUAUAAGAUUCUCGGUUUGCCUUCCGGUGAAGAAGGUGCUAAGCUUACAGAAAAGGAGAUUUCAAAGGCAUACAGAGCAAAGGCUCUUGAGUUGCACCCCGAUAAGAGGCCGGAUGAUCCCGAUGCCCAUGCCAACUUCCAAAUUCUCAAGUCAUCCUAUGAGAUACUUAAGGAUGAGAAGGCCAGGAAGCUGUUUGAUGAUUUACUGAGAGUUAAGAGAGAGCAUCAGCGGCGCCAUUUGGAGCGCGAUUCCAAGCGACAGAAGAUGGUCUCUGAUCUUGAAGCGAGAGAACGAGCUGGCUUUGCUCCAGAUGCGGCUGCCAAAGAUAGAUAUGAAGAGGAGAGCAUUGCUAGGAAGCUUAAGGAAGAGAUUGCGAGAAUACGUGCAAUGCAUGGGAAUAAAGGGGCGGCAACUGCUUCAGUUCCAAAAAGAGAAAGUGGGGGAGUUGGGAAGGAGAGUGUGGGUGGUGCUAAGCUGGGAUUGGAUAAGGAGAAGGUGCUUAAAGUUUCUUGGGAAAAGGUUGGUGAAGGUUAUACAGCCCAGAGGUUGAGAGACUUGUUCUCCAAGUUUGGUGAUGUUGAAGAUGUUGUUAUCAAAGAUGCUAAGAAGAGAGGUUCGGCCCUAGUUGUAAUGACAACUAAAGAUGCGGCUGUUGCAGCAACACAAACUGUGAUGGGCGACCUUUCUAAUCCAUUGCUAGUUUUACCUCUUCAACCAGUUGCAGUGACUGAUGCUCCACCAGUUCAGAAGUCUGAUGAACCCGAUCGACUUAACAAUUUGAUUGGGGCGAGCUAUCAAACUUUUGAGGAUUCUGUUUUGCAGAAACUCCAAAAGGCUGCGCAGAAGCAAAAAUAAUGUUCUAGAAGCAUGAAAGGAUGAUGAUCCCAAAAGCACUAUAAGAUUCACGAACUGAAUUCCCAUGUACAGGAGCAUGUGCUUUUGCCAAGCCAGCGGUAACACGGACCACGUGGCAAGAGAAGUUUAUAAAUACCCGUGUGAUUGGAGCAAAGGUUGCUCAAGGCCUUUGGAAGAGUUGCUGGACUUGCAUUUCUCUAACCAAAAUCAUCUAUGUUUUUUUGAAAAAGUACAAAUAGCCAAUCUUUGCAUGCCUGGCUGAUAUACUCUAAUUCUUUGACAUGCAGGGAACUGGUGAGAAGUCUCUCAAAUAUCAAGAUUGUGCAUGAGAAGUGCUUUUAACCAGUGAUGUUAUAAUAUGAAUUAGUUACUGAGAGAUUGAGAGAUCAAGACUGGCAUUGAUGUAUGCUAACAGUUUACCAUUCUCAAGGUUAGGACAGAAUUGUUUCUGGUGGCCAUUUUGAAUUUGGUGUAUUGGUAUCAAGAAAAUGACGGUUAGAUCCACGGUUGCAUCCUGUGCUAUUUCACAAAUCAUUGUACACUUCAUAUUGUAUCAAAUUAAUGAUUCACUUGGGUUUUCAUUUA